GUCAAAACUCCGGGUGUGACAGCCUCGAGGGCUAUGCUGGAAGCCGAAUGCACUCGGCUCAAGAAGGCCAAGGAUGCUGCCGUUCCUGAGCUCGUGGAGGCACAAUCCUGGGCAAAAUCCAUGGUGGAGGCCGUUGAGGCCAGGACUCAGGAAGUUGAGCUGGCUCGGGAUUGGCUCGUCACGGUAGCCCUUAAUGUGCUUUGGGCGACGCCGCUGGUGGUGGAGGGCUCUUCGUUGGUCAGCAUAGACGGUGUGGUCCAGCAGCUGGAGAAGAUGCCCGUAGCCCAUGGCACCGAAUUGCAGGAGACGAUGAAGCUGGCGUCUUGCCAUGCUCUCGCCAUCGUAAAGUCGCUGUACCCCCAAGUGGAGGUUAAUGCCAUCUGCGACGGGUUCGCUGCCGACUGCGACGAGGCGACGGCAAUAAAGUACGUCAACGAGGCGUAAAAGACUACCAAGUCGGUCGCACGAGACCUUGGCUUGUAAAGAAGUAGGAAAACUUAGUAGUUAACAUGUUCUAGCCGAACCGUUGUGAUGUGAUUUUAUUUAAUCUAUUUGCUUUCGAGUCUUAUGUUGUGGUUUGUCUCAUCGUCAUGUGAAAAGUUAUCCUCUCGGUGUGUGCUU